AUUAAUGCUUAGUGGAUUCAAUUUUAUGUUUCUAAGUUUGAUUUUAUUGAAUUUUGUUUCAAGUGAAUUUAUUCCAACAGAUGAAGCAAAUUUAGCUUUAUUUAACAUUAUAAAAUAAGCUUAUAAUUCUGGUAAAUAAAUAUCUAUUAAAAAUAGGCAAUUUCGCUAUAAUAUAUGAAUAAUUGAAUGAUGAAGCAUAAAAGACUUUAUCUUUGAAGUAAUUUGAUGAAAUUCUAACAGAGAAAAAAGGAAAAACAGGCCCAAUUGAAUAUUGGACAUAUGCUUCUCCAAUUCCAUAAAAAUCUUAUUUUAUAAUUGGAUUUGAAAAGAACUUAGCAACAGGAUUAAUUUAAUGGGAAUUUGAUGAUACAAAAUUUAAAGUAUUCUUGAUAAAUGAAUUUACAAAUCCUACAUUUGUUGAUUUCUUAAGAAAAAACCCUAGUCGUACUUCCUUAACAAUAAAAUCAGAUGAUAAAGAAAUACUUAAUUAUUAAGGAGAUAGAUAAUAAGAUUUAAUGAGUGUAUUCAAAAUUACAGUAGCAAUAGAAUUUUCAAGAUAAGUAUCUGAAGGAAUAAUUGAUCCUGAGAAAUGGAUACCACUCAGUGAUGUUAAUAAAUACUAUUUAAAAGAUGUUGAUUCAUUUCAUACUUAAUUUUUAUAAAUAUGGAGUGAUAUGGGAAAAAUUAAAGAUGAUAAAAUAUAAAUAAUUGAAAUAGCUAUUGGUAUGAUUUUAUUCAGUUCAAAUACAAAUACUGAAUAUUUAUAAACUCUUUUAACUAUGUAAUCAAUAGAAAAUACAAUCAAAUAAAUUAAAUUAGAGUAAACUCAAUCAUAUUAUUUAUCAUCAUACUUUUUAGUAUUUUUAAAUUAUGAAAAUAAAGAAAGAGAAGAAUAUAUUUAAUAAAUUUCAUCUUUUACACUUUAAUAUGUGUUAGAUAAAACUAAUUAAAUUCAUCAAAUUUUAGAAUAAGGAGGAGAUGAAGCAAAUAAGUUAUUAGCUAGAGGAAAAGAAAUACUUGAUGGAGAAAUAUUAGGUAUCUAAGCAAAAUACUUUACAAGAGCUUCAACUUAAGCUUAUGUAAAUCUUUUGGAUUAACUUAACAAUUAAGAAUUAUUUAAUACAAAAUUCUAUGAGAAUUUUUAUCCUUUAAUUGGCUAUGCUUCUAUGUAAAAUCCAUUUCUUGCUAAAACAUAUAAACAUGUCGGAGUAAGAUCAUUAUUUAUUCUUAGCUUAAAGGUGGUUCAUCAGCCUUUCCAAAAGAUACUAAAUGUGUAUUAAGUUUGGCUUAAUUUUAAGAACUUUAUAAUCCAUUUCCAUAUAGUAAAACUACAUUUGCUAUAUUUACUGAAGAUUUAGAUUAUGAAACAGAAUAUGCUCCUUUGAUCCAAUAAUUUAAUUAUUUCACUGGAUUGUUAAGUUUAAAUGGCUAUUAUUUAUAAGCAGUAGUUAAGGCACUUACAAAUAUUUCAUAACACACAAAUUUAAUUGAUGAAUGA